UGAGCAAGUGCCUGUCAGAGCAGCCAGCCCAGCACUCAGCAUGGACACUAACUGUCAAUCCAACAGCCAGCAGACUCUCUGGAAAGACGUUGAAACUGCAAAGGAAAAGCAGACUAAAUACUGCAGGUUCCAGCUGGGGGCGCUGAUCGGGGUUCUUGUGAUUCUUUCCCUGGUUCUCAGUAUAUUCAGUGUGAGGCACUUCUGGACCCAAAGCACUGGCAAGGUGUAUGACCUGCAGUAUAAGGUGAUGAUCGAUGGAGAAGAGAGAGACAGUUUAAUGGAGAUCGACUCUGAGAACAGGAUCGAAGUGUUCCGCACUGGGAAUGGCAGCGAAGAGGUUCUGGAGAUCCACGACUUCAAGAAUGGAAUAACUGGAAUCCGCUUUGCCAAACAUCAUAAAUGUUACAUCAGGACCCAAACCAAAGAACUUCCCAACAUCACAGAACAGGAGAGUGGAGAUGCUGUGGGGCUGGAGGAGGAUAUCACAGCAACCGAGUUUGAGGACUCUCAAGUGUGGGUGCCAGCUGAGGAACCUAUUGAGAACCGUGCCUUCCUGCUGGACUCGAAAAUCUUUGAAGUCUGUGAAACCCUGCCUAUUCACUGGAUCCACCCAUCACCCCUCAAAGAUGCAGAGUUCCACGACAUUGAAGAUGUAGAGUUAUCCAAUGAUGAUGAGGCUCGUGAGUACUCUGCCCUACUCGCUAAACCGAAUGGAAACCGCAAGGCCAGAGACAUUGCAGACCACCUCCCUGUCAACGACUAUAGUGAGAAUGAAGUGGAGCUGGACAGCAGACUGGACGAAAGGGGGAUCUGCUGCCAGUACUGUCGCCGUGGUUACCGCUUCUGCCAGCGCUACUUCGAACCUCUUCAUGGUUACAUGCCGUACCCUUACUACUACCAGGGGGGCAGAGUGAUCUGCCGAAUCGUCAUGCCGUGCAACUGGUGGAUAGCCCGGAUGCUCGGGAGAGUGUAGAAGCUAACCAGUGUUUACUGGCUUAAGUGCCAUACUGUACUGCACCUGUAAGGACCUGUGGCAUUGUUUUACCGAUUUUCUUUUAAUUUCUUUUUAAUCUUUUAGUGGGUAAUUUUUUCAGUUUUUGAAAUGCCAUCUAGGUUUUAUUAAAUUCACGAUAGUGUUUCACUUAUUCUAUGCUAUUUUAAUGCCUUUUCUAAUUUAUUAGAAUUAGAACUCUGUUUUGUAACAUUACAUAUUUUAACACAACCUAAUAACCUUAAUGAACCUUAAUGAAAUAAAUUUCACUCCCAUAGAAUAAGCAUGGAGAACUUUAGUGUGGGCUAUUGAAAUAGCUUGUAAAUAACAUUUUAGUAUACAUAACUUCAUAACACAGGUACAUUUAUUUACACAGUGCUUACCAUUAACUAAUAUUGACUUCAUGCAGUACAGUUCUGUAACUGUGAGGAUGGAAGCCCUCCUCAAAUACCACACUUAUCAUUGAGAGGUGGGACUGGAACAGCUUCAGUACAGCUGCAGGACCAGUAGUUUAGGAUUCGUAUAUGUUGAGCUGUCUUCUCCCUAGAGAACUGUGAACCUUAACUAAAGUCCACAACACUGCUUUUCAAUUUACCCACUGGUACUUGAAAUUGCAGCUUUUAUUUUUUUACAAUAAAUGAGAAUUGUUUUUUAUAUUAGCCUUAAAUUACUGUUCUGUUGUUACAAUACAAUGUGCUUAAUCUUGUGUAGACUGGGGAAUUACCACUGCUUGAUUGCAUUUAGACUUAUUCUAUCAAGUAGGUUGUUGUACCCCUGUCUCCUGCUCUACCAGUAAUGCUGUGGAUCAUCAUGCACCAAGAAUAUGUAAACCAAAAUCUCAUUUCAUUGUAAGAUUAGAAUUAUCUCUAGUAAACUACCUGUGACAAAGCUUUUGAAAUUGUUGCUGAAGCACGACUCAGUGAACCCCAGUCUAUUAAACACAAGGUGAGAUGUCUAGUAUAAAACAAUACUGUUAUAUAAGCCUGAGUUAUAAUAUUUAUUUUCUAAAUAUGUGAUGUGAAAACAUAUGCAUGCUUCAAUAAAGUAAAGGUUUAAAAGCAGCAUGUUGAAUUUUCUUUUCCAUAUUAAAUGUCAACAAACACCAUUUUCGCAGCAGUUCCCUUGGUCAAACUCUACAGCUGUUUCUGCAAGCGCUGUUAAUGGAUUGUGGCACUUGUGUUAUAUAACUUAGAAGAGACUAUAUGUAUGCAAAAAUACCAGAGCCAGCAGGCAUUGCUGCUAGAUAUUUCACUGCAACGGCAGUUUAGUUUACUGUGGCAAGAGCAAGACAUUAAUAUUCUGACAGCAUUACUGCUACUGCUUCACCCAUUAUUACGUUAAACAGGGUUUAAAAUUGAGGCAUUAUUAGUCUUUUUUAUUAUUACUGGUACAACUGUAGAUUGUAAGCUCAGAGAGGUGGGUAAUGGACAUUUGCAGCCAAGUUUAACACACUCAAGCCAUUUCUUAAAUAUCGUGGCAUCCUUGAAUGGAAAAAUGCUGUAGUACCCAGAAUUCGUGGCAGGGGCUCUUAUUUUACUCCCCCCAAAACAGUCCUGCAAUGGAGUGUGUUACCCUUAUUGUCAGUCACAAAUGCAGCACCCAUUUUAAUUCCCCCACCCCAGCCAGUCAUUCUGGCAAUAUUCAUCCUUCUCCUCUCCUUGCUGAAGGAUACUUUUGGUACAAGUUUCACAGUACCCUGGAGGCUUCUCUGUAAAGAAAAGUAAGCUGACCAAAAUUGAAUUCACAAGUUGGACUCAUAAUAGCAGAAUACCCAGUAGGAAUGAUAAUGGCUCAAAACAUAUGCAGUCUGUGUACUUCAGUGAUAGCCAAUCUCCCAGAAAUUCACAUUUUUUUUAAAUACUAUCCUGCCAGAGAUAAAGCAUGCUGUCUGAGAAAAGCUGUUUAGACUGUUUAGGAAGGACAGGUCAGCUUUCUUUAAAAAAAACAAAAACAAAAAAAAAACAGUGACGUUACAAACGCAUUACACAUCCAAAACAUGUCUUAGCAGAGCUCCAGGAUUGGCUUGAUGUGACAUUGCACAUGGUAGACUGUGGGUUUGUUUGUUUCACAUUUUAAAGGUUUUGUUUCACUCUCUGACUGGCUGGCUGGCUGGCACACAAAUACACUGGACAGUAUCACAGCAUCCCCGUGUUUUAAAAAACCAAAAUAAAGCAAAGAAAGAAAAAAAAUCGAUAUUGUGCGAGAGAAAAGAAGAAUCAGCCUGGUGCUACCUGACCUUAGCCCUGACACAGCUGAAGGGAAGAACCUCACAGCAGGGCUACCACUGCACACACUACUUUACAUAAUUUCAAAAGUUGAAAAACAACACACAAAAGAAAAGGUUUUAGGUGCAGUGUUAACAUUAUUUUUUCUCAGUAUUGAUAGACUAAUGUUUCAAGUUUAACCCCACUUAUACCAGGGCUGAAAGAUCCAAUGCACAAAAAAACAGCAAUUGAUUUCAGGUGGGACUGAA